GUCAGAUCCGAUUCCGGAAAACCAAGGAAUCAGUCAACGGUAAUGGCGACAGCUGACUGCAGCCAAUUCUCUGGUCGUCGCCUGUUUGUCACUGACAAGGUAACCAAAUUUAAAUUCUUGCUUGACACCGGUUCCGACCUUUCCUGUUUCCCUCGGAAACUUCUGUCGACUCAAUGCAAAGUUUCCGAUUAUACUCUUAGUGCCGCCAAUGGCACCAGUAUAAAAACAUAUGGCAGUCGCACAUUUUCAUUAAAUCUCGGUCUCCGUCGCGAAUUCAGAUGGAAUUUCACUAUUGCAGACGUCGAGACAGCUAUCAUUGGCUCCGAUUUUCUGGCCUAUUUCAAUCUACUCCCGGACUGCCGCAACAAACUGUUACGAGAUGGUUCUACCAGGCUUUCUGUUCCUGCCUCCAUCUGUAAUGUAAGUCAACUCAGUGUUAAGGCUGUCGUUUCUGACAAUAAAUUUGCACGCCUGCUUUUAGACUUCCCGGAAAUUACCAAACCGCCUGGUCUUCCGAGAGUCGUCAAGCACAACACUCUGCAUUACAUCAAAACCACAGAUGGUCCACCAGUUUCUUGCCGGCCCCGUCGUUUGGCCCCUCAAAAACUGGCAGACGCUAAAAAAGAAAUUGUAAAGAUGGUGCGCUCCGGUACUGCAAGGCCCUCAGAUAGCCCUUGAAGAAUACUUGUAUCAGGAGAUCUCGCUCCUCUAUAACUAGUGCUUAAAAAUAAUUUAAAAAUUACAAUAAAUACAUAAUAAUAAAUGUUCCUUCC